UCAGAUUUGAUCCUAAUGCUAUCUAACGUCUAUUUAUAUUAACAUCAUUAGAAUGAUGUCGGAACCUUUUCUGUUCAUAAUAGCCUUAAUCAAUACCGGUUCAGUACUUUUCCUUUUAGUAUAUUUUGUGGUCACUCUAUCAGAUUUAGAAUGUGACUAUUUGAAUGCUCAAGAAUGUUGUUCGAAGUUAAACAUGUGGAUAGUACCAAAGCUUGUAGCACAUUCAUUUUUGGAAUUUUUAUUAUUAAUACAUGGGGAAUUGAUAUUAUGUUUGGUAAAUUUACCUAUGACAGUAUGGUUAAUGUGUGAAUACUUUGGAGUACCCAGUGGUAAUAUGGGAGUUUAUGACCCUACAGAAAUUCAUAAUCGUGGACAAUUAAAAAGGCAUAUUAGAGAUUGUAUGAUCUAUCUUGGAUAUUAUCUAAUUUUCUUUUUUAUUUAUCUUUACUGCAUGAUUAUUGCAUUAUUAAAAGGAGAUCCGCUCAAGAGAAAUGAAGUUGGAUUAUUAAAUACAAAUUAA